CAGAGCUGGAGAAAAACUACGAGGAGAACCAGAGGAGGCUGGAGGGAAAAGCCCGACAGCUGGAUGGCUUGGAAGACAAGAUGAGGGACAUCCUCAAGGACAUCAACAAACAAAUCCAAAUCUACAACACAUGCCAAUAACUCACCUCUCCAAGUCCAGAAGGGAAACGUUACUGCGUUUUCCAGGAAAAUAAACUGAAAUAAGAAAGUGAAUCAGUCUGUAAAGCAGAGCCUGGUGCGUUCAGAUCAUUGUUUUGUGUUUGCUAACACGUUGUGUUAUAUAAACGAAUGAACAGGUCAAGUUUGUCUGUGAGCACAUAUUUGACUGUAAAUUUAGUUAGUGUGCACCUAUGUUUGCUUUUAAUUUGAAAAACCAACACUGAAUGUAUGAGUUUGAGCUUUCAAUAUAAAAUAAUGCUGAAUAAUACUAAUGUGUAUGUAUGGG